GCGUUCAGGGGCGUCGAUUAAUCUUCCCAUGUAGUCAAAACGUAGACACGUAACGUUAUUAGAGAGUCACGAACCUUACAGUAAACAGUUAUUCUACUAAUUGAUGCUACUAUUACAGGUCACACAUUUAAAAGUUGUCAAAUGAAAAGUAGGCGCUUGUUUGAGGCUUUUAUUUUGAUAGCCGCGCCUGUAUCCGGAAGACAGUAGAUGUAGCAAGAGUCAAAGGUCCUCUCGCCAGAGUUUGCCUGAGUUUUGUGUUUCAUCAAACGUUCCACCUUUGCGACUUCGUCCGUUAGUUUGCAUGCCCUGCAUGGUGAUGUUUCGGGGUUUAUCCAGGUUUCUGAGGACCAACCCGGUUUCUGUCCAGAGAAGCAUGUCUCAUAGCAGUCUGGAUGGGAAAGUAGCUAUUGUGACAGCCUCCACAGAUGGAAUCGGCCUGGCUGCAGCUCAGGCUCUGGGAAAGAGAGGGGCCCAUGUGGUCGUCAGCAGCCGGCGGCAGGCCAACGUGGACAAGGCUGUGGCUUUGCUGAAGAGCCAGAGCAUCCGAGUAACUGGAACCACAUGUAAUGUAGGCAAAGGAGAGGACCGGGAGAAGCUGGUCCAACUGACUGUGGAUCAAUGUGGGGGCAUUGACAUCCUGGUGUCCAACGCAGCGGUCAACCCGUUCUUUGGAAACAUCUUAGACUCCACAGAGGACGUGUGGGACAAGAUUCUGUCUGUAAAUGUAAAAGCUGCCUUCCUCCUGACGAAGCUGGUGGUGCCUCAUAUGGAGAAGAGAGGAGGCGGAAAUGUAAUAUUUGUGUCUUCUGUGGGUGGAUACCAACCAAUGCAGGGCCUGGGCCCCUACUGUGUGAGCAAGACGGCCCUGCUGGGUCUAACCAGGGCCCUGGCUCCUGAGCUGGCUCACAGUAACAUCAGGGUGAACUGCGUGGCCCCUGGAGUCAUCAAAACCCGCUUCAGUUCUGCAUUGUGGGAAAACAAAGACGUUGUGGAUGAGUUGAAAAAGCAGCUCAGCAUUAAGAGGCUUGGAGAACCUGAAGAGAUCGGCGGGACGAUCGCCUUUCUGUGCUCUGAUGACGCUUCCUACAUCACAGGAGAGACCGUCACGGUGACGGGAGGGAUGAGCUGUCGACUCUGAACCCUGUCUGACAUCAGACCAAUUUAUGAUUUUUUAUUUUUUUAUUUUAUCCUUGUCCUUGUCCAGUUUUUCCAUCAUAAGUCAUCAUUGAUAAGAAAGCUAAUACAAAUGAGAAAUUUUAUAUCAAGAUGCCAUUAAAGUUUUACAUUGGAAACGCC